AUGAAAGGCGCGAAGAAAGAAAAGAUCAGAAGCGGAGGCCAGAGAGAGAGAGAGAUGGCAACGAGUAACGAGAAAGAUGAAAGGAGAAGGAGAAUGUCAGAGAAAGGGUUAAAUCGCAUGUCUCACAUCUCGGGGCGUGCCCAAAGCAUCUCUUCAUCUUCUUUACCACCUCCUCUCGAUCAUCAUCAUCAUCAGCAUUCACAAUCACAAUGCCUUGAUCAAACCAACGGUAACCUCUUACUUAUCAACAUUUUAGGUUUCUGUGAAAGCUUGGAGAAUUGGCUUUUGUUUCUUAUUCUUGAUGCAAAGAAAAAGAGCUUUGAUGCAGAGAGCGAGGAAGCCAGAGAUGAAAGGAGGAAAAUUGGGGAGAGAGGGUUGAAUCGCACGUCUCGCGUCACAACUCAAAGCAAUCCUCCAAUUCUUAAUCAUCAUGCAUUGUUCUCCAACGACCAUCAGGCACCACAAACACAUCUCUCUGGUCAUGAUCAUGUCGUUAUUUAUGUUACAUGGAAGAUACAUGACAUUACACCUUCAUUAUAUUUAAUUGGUUUUGCAGCCGGACCUGUGGGAGUGGGCGACGCCUCUAGUUUUAGUUAUCUUAAACACGGUGGUAUGUAUGAAAUUUCAAGUGUAAACGCCCUUGAUGUUGGCGGCCAAUCUGGGCUAAAAUUGCAGAAACCGGGGACUGAUAAGGAUGCAAUUUCUGCUAUUGUUGUGGGAGAAAGGGAUGAAUUAAAGCCAUUGAAGGAGACAUCAUCACUUCAAAAGGCAUCGUCCAAUGCGGAUUCACUCCAAAAACCAUGCAAGAAUCAACUUGAUUUUUUCUCUUCCAAACGACUGAAUUCCUGCAUUAUAGCUUCAGAGAGAACACGCAGUUUUUGUGCCCUACUGAUAGCACUUUUUGUACUUCUGUCUUAUAGUGAUUAUACCCUGCUUGGAAUGAACAUUUUCAGGUCAGAGAGCAUUGUAGCCUCAAGGCCUCUUUACAUAAUUUUUCUGACUGACUUGACAGUUGUGCUUGGCCGACUGUUUCUUGACAAGAAAGGAGACUCUGAGGAGGCUGAGGAAGAAAAAGCUGGAUGUCAAAAUAAUAAACGUAACUGGGAAGGAGCAGUUAAGCUUUUGGAGAGAGGUUUAGUGGUCUAUCAGACAAUCCGAGCACUUUUCAUAGACUGCAGCAUUUAUGCAGUGGUGGUCAUUUGUGGCCUUUCUCUAAUGUAGCUUUUGUUGCAUGAUGAUACAAUUUGUUCUACUCCAGUCUCAGCAAAUGAUACCAAGAAACAAUUUCUUUUUUUCAAUUCAAUGUUUAUUCAUUGUCACAGUAUUCAACUGAAGCUCAUAUUCUUCUGUUGCUAUGACCUUUGCUUCCAAUCUGUUUAUAAUUUGUAAGCAUAGAAUCAGAAGAUUUCUUUUCCACAUCAAAACUAGUAAUUUUUACUUAAAUGGACUUUCAACCGUAA